GCGAAGUAAGCAACAAAAAAGCCAAGCAGCCUGCCUUUACCACACUCCCCGCGCUCCUCCCUCCUUGCUACCCCCACUCCACUCAACUCCACACCACACCCACCAAAAUCCGCGUCGAACACCGUAGCCAGCCAUUAACUCCGAUGAGUUUUCAUUCUUUUUCUUCACCACAAGUUUUGAUUUCGUCCGUUGUAUUUCAAUUUUCAGAGAUUCUCUCCGGGCGUAAUUUAAGGUGGCAUUAAAAAAGUAUUUGUUCUCUGCGCUCUGAAACGGGAAACCCAACCAACCGCUCCGCAGGUUUCAGCGUAGUGCCUUCUUCUUACCAAAGUAGGAAAAUGCUGACGUGUAUAGCGCGGCCCAAGAAACUCGGCGAUGACUCGCCGGGUCAACCCGAAGAAGACUCAGACCCGACCACCAACGCGUCCGGCGCCAAAACUCAGGCUAUCAGAUCCCUCACUUCUCAGCUCAAGGACAUGGCGUUGAAGGCCUCGGGAGCGUACCGGAGCUGCAACCCUUGCACAGGGCCUCCGCCUCCUACCGGUCGACUCAGGGGAACCGGCGAGUCGGACGCCGAGUCCGAGCGGUUCAGGUGGUCGUACAAGAGGACGGGGAGUUCGAGCUCGGGGACGACGAGGGUGUGGGGGAAGGAGAUGGAGGCGAGGCUGAAGGGAAUGUCGAGCUCGAGCGGCGAGGGGACGCCGAGCUCCGGGAGCGGGCGGAGGGUGGUAGAACCGGUGGUGUUCGUGGAGGAGAGCGAGCCCAAGGAGUGGGUGGCCCAGGUCGAGCCUGGCGUGCUCAUCACCUUCGUCUCGCUCCCGCGUGGCGGGAACGAUCUCAAGAGGAUACGCUUCAGUCGAGAGUUGUUUAAUAAAUGGCAAGCUCAAAGGUGGUGGGCAGAGAACUAUGAUCGGGUUAUGGAACUGUACAAUGUCCAGAGAUUCAACCGCCAAGCUUUUCCGCUCCCAACACCCCCAAGAUCUGAAGAUGAUCAGAGCUCAAAGAUGGAAUCUGCAGAAGGCAGCCCUGUCACACCCCCAUUGACCAGAGAACGCUUACCUCGUAACUUAUACCGUCCAACAGGGAUGGGAAUGGGAUACUCAUCCUCAGAUUCACUUGAAAAACACUCGAUGCAAUCUCGACAUUACUAUGACUCAGGUGGCCUCGGAUCAACCCCAAAACUCUCCAGUAUCAGUGGUGCCAAGACAGAGACAUCAUCGAUGGAUGCUUCUAUAAGAAGUAGCUCAUCGAGGGAGGCAGAUCGCUCAGGGGAGCUAUCCAUCAGUAAUGCUAGUGAUCUUGAGACUGAAUGGGUUGAACAAGAUGAACCAGGGGUUUACAUCACAAUUAGAGCAUUGCCAGGCGGCAAAAGGGAGCUCAGACGAGUCAGAUUCAGCCGGGAAAAAUUUGGAGAGAUGCAUGCCAGAUUAUGGUGGGAAGAGAACCGUGCCAGGAUACAUGAACAGUACUUGUGAAUUGUGAUUGAGCAAACAGGAUGGAAGCUGGCGGUUUCCAAGGUGUGGAGAUGUUGCUUAAUGGAGUGUUUUCUUUUAUUUAUUUUGGCCACACUAGUAAAAUCUCGUCGUCUAUACAUAAAUUAGAUGUGCAAAGAGGUGCCACUGGCACCUCUUCUCAUGUUUGGGGGGCUACACACACCAUUUGUAAGUUGAGUCAAGCUUAUGAAAGUUUUCUUGUCUUCGUUAUUGCUUCAGAAUAUUCUCGAGGGAUGUGGGUGGUAAAGUUUAUAACAUGAUUAAGUCAAUAUCAAUGAAAAGAAUAUGUUCAUUUU